AUCAGCGAGGCACCAGCAGCAGCAGCAGCGGCGGCCAACAUGGCGGCGUACAGAGUCACUCCAACCUUUCAGAGAGUUUUGCGCGCUGUGAAGCAUGCCUCCCUGCGGCCGAGGUGCUACAUCAUCAGCUGCCAUUCGCAGUACUCCACAGUGUAUGACCCACACGAGAAGACCUUUGAUAAGAUUCUCAUUGCUAACAGAGGAGAGAUCGCCUGCAGGGUGAUUAAAACAUGUAAGAAGAUGGGAAUUAAGACGGUUGCUGUGCACAGUGACGUGGACUCCAGUGCGGUUCAUGUGAAGAUGGCGGACGAAGCAUUCUGUGUCGGUCCUGCACCCACCAGUAAAAGCUACCUCAACAUGGACGCCAUCAUGGAGGCCAUCAGACAGACUGGAGCUCAGGCUGUGCAUCCUGGGUACGGGUUCCUCUCUGAGAAUAAAGAGUUUGCCAGGAGGCUGGCGGCUGACGGAGUCUCCUUCAUCGGUCCGGACACUCACGCCAUCCAGGCCAUGGGGGAUAAAAUCGAGAGCAAGCUCAUCGCCAAGGCCGCCAAAGUCAACACCAUCCCCGGCUUCGACGGAGUGGUGAAGAAUGCAGAGGAAGCUGUGAAGAUCGCAGGAGAAAUCGGUUACCCUGUUAUGAUUAAAGCAUCAGCUGGCGGUGGAGGAAAAGGCAUGAGGAUCGCCUGGAACGACGAGGAGACCAGGGAAGGUUUUCGUUUCUCCUCCCAAGAGGCAGCGUCCAGUUUUGGAGACGAUCGUCUGCUUAUUGAGAAAUACAUCGACAAUCCCAGACACAUCGAGAUCCAGGUAUUAGCUGAUAAGCAUGGGAAUGCUCUGUGGUUGAAUGAGAGGGAGUGCUCCAUCCAGAGGAGAAACCAGAAGGUGGUGGAGGAGGCACCCAGUACGUUUCUGGACCCGGUGACUCGGCGGGCGAUGGGUGAGCAGGCUGUAUCUUUGGCUAAAGCAGUGAAAUACUCUUCAGCUGGAACCGUGGAGUUCCUCGUCGACUCAAAGAAGAACUUCUACUUCCUGGAGAUGAACACACGCUUACAGGUGGAGCACCCAAUCACAGAGUGUAUUACAGGGUUGGAUCUGGUGCAGCAGAUGAUCCGCGUUGCUAAGGGUUACAAACUACAGCACAAACAGGAGGACAUCCCUAUCAAUGGGUGGGCUAUAGAGAGCAGAGUCUACGCUGAGGACCCCUACAAGUCGUUUGGUCUUCCCUCCAUCGGUCGGCUUUCUCAGUAUGAGGAACCCCUGAACCUGCCUGGAGUGAGAGUGGACAGUGGCAUUCAGGAAGGAAGUGACAUCAGCAUCUACUACGACCCCAUGAUCUCCAAACUGGUGACCUAUGGAUCCACGCGAGCCGAGGCACUGAAGAAAAUGGAAGACGCUCUUGAUAACUACGUCAUCAGAGGCGUCACCCACAACAUUCCUCUCCUGAGGGAGAUCAUCGUUCACCCUCGUUUCAUCUCCGGCGACAUCAGCACCAACUUCCUCCCCGAGGUUUACCCCGAGGGGUUCAAAGGGCACCCGCUGGCUGCCGGGGAGCAGAGGGAGCUGCUGGCUGCAGCGGCUGCGCUGCAUGUAGCUGCACAGCUCCGAUCACAGAGGUUCCUGGGUCAGCAGAGAGUUUCCAGUGUUCCUCAGGAGUGGAGGAACUGGGAGUUAUGUGUGGAGCUGGAUAAAGGAGUGCACAUGCUGGGCGUGUCCCGCUCUGGAAACAGCUACACAGUGGAGAUUGAUGGAGAGAAAGUGGUGGUGUCUGGGGAGUGGAAUCUGGCCUCUGCUCUUCUGCCCCUCACCAUUAAUGGCAACCACAAAGUUCUGCAGUGUCUGUCCCGUAACUCCUCUGGAGAGAUCACACUGCAGUACCUGGGCACAUCGUUUAAGGUGCGAGUGCUGAGUAAACUGGCGGCGUCACUCAAUAAACUCAUGCCGGAGAAAAUUCCAGAAGACACCAGCAGCAUCCUCAGAUCCCCCAUGCCCGGCACAGUGGUGGCAGUGUCCGUCAAACCAGGAGAUACGGUGGCAGAGGGGCAGGAGAUCUGUGUGAUUGAAGCCAUGAAGAUGCAGAACAGCAUGACUGCUGCAAAAACCGCCAAGGUUAAGAGUGUUCACUGCACAGCUGGAGAGACGGUUGGAGAGGGUGAUCUUCUGGUGGAGUUGGAGUAAAGCAAACACACCUACUGUACCGCUGUCCAGCCUGCAAACAAACCAACAGAGACACUAGUAGCCUAGAUGGAACAUUCCCCAUCACCUCACCUCGCCUUGUGUUUCAUCUUAUGUUUUCUUUGUUUUUCUGUGUGUGUUUUUCUUCUUCUGUCCUGGCGAAGCGUCUUUGGAGCGUUUUUUCAGAUCUGGUUAUGGAGCACUGCAAGUUUAGAAGUAAGGUCGUUACUGUGCCUUUGCUAGGGAUGGGCAUUUUCACCAUCUAUUAAUCAGUCAUCUAGGACACUAGAACACCUGGAAAAGAACACUGACACUACUAUAAUUAUUUAAAAGUUAUUUUUUUUAGGGCACUGUGGUUUGUUUGGAUUAACUUUUGAAGAUACCAUCAAUUACAGCUCUGGAAAAAAAAGUUAAGAGAUCACUUCAGUUUCUGAAUCAGUUUCUCUGAUUUUGCUAUUUCUAGGUUUAUAUUUGAGUAAAAUCAACAUUAUUGUUUUAUUCUAUAAACUACAAACAACAUCCAAAUUCCAAAUAAAAAUAUUGUCAUUUAGAGCAUUUAUUUGCAGAAAAUUCAAAAUGGCUGAAAUAACAAGAAAAAAGAUGCAGAGCUUUCAGACCUAAAAAAAACAAGUUUAUAUUCAUAGUUUUAAGAGAUGCGGUUCAUUAGAGAUCAAGGAGAGUUUAUUAUCUUCUUUAUAUUGACCAAAUAUGAAUGUAUCUGUAUCUCUAUCAACAUGUACUUAUAGAUGGUUCUUUUUAAUGCCCAUCCCUGGCCUUCACCCUGUCAGAUGUUGGUUGUGUGUUUUGUAAUGAGAAAAUGAUAACAGAAUAUACUAGUGCAUCUCCAAAAAUAAGAACAUCAUUGAAAAGUUGAUAUGUGAAAAUGUGAAACUCAUAUAUUAUAUAGAUGUAUUACACACGGAGAUAUCUAUUUUAAGCCAUUGCUUUCUUUGACCAUUAGUAAAUCAGUUUUGCAUUUCAUUUGUAAAUAAAGGGAUCAGAGUCUUGAGGAAGAGUGGAGAGACACACAGUCCAAACUGCUUGAGGUCUAGUGUGAAGUUUCCACCAAUCAGUGAUGGUUUAGAGAGACAUGUCAUCUGCUGGUGUUGAUCCACUGUGUUUUAUUAUCAAGUCUAAAGUCAGUGCAGUUUUGUUUUCCCACAAAAUCUUACAGCACUUCAUGCUUCCCUCUGCUACUGACAACUUUUAUAGAGAUGCAGAUU